AUGUCCUCUUCUCGGCCUGUUGUGCCCCGGCCCUCUGCUAGUCUAGUCAUUAUCAAUAAGCGUAAUGAAGUUCUGCUUGUACAUCGCAACCCCAAGGCUAGUGCGUUUGGAGGCGUACAUGUCUUCCCGGGGGGAAACUACGACCAAAAACAGGACACCUCAUUACCCAUGACGGCGAUCCGGGAAACAUUCGAAGAGUCUGGUUUACUUGUUGGCGUCACAGGCUCGUCCCUUCCAACGGGUCCCGUCCUCGAAGCAGCACGCCACAAAAUUCAUUCCCAGAAACUCCUCUUCCAAACAUUCCUCGACGAGAAUCAGCUCUCGACUCAAACGGGGACCCACAGACGCUUCCACGCCCGUUUUUACGUCGCGUUUCUAGACUCAGCUGCUUUUUCGUCUUCUGGUUUCUCAUCGGGAUACAAGGAGGAGCAAAUCCCGAAGCCAGGCGAGUGGAAGUCAUUUCGGCACGUUUCUUGCAUCCCCGAUGACGCAUUAGCCGAGUUUAACGACGGGAAGGUCAUUUUCAUGCCCCCGCAGUUCUAUAUCUUGUAUACUCUAGCAAGUAUUCUGCGGGGAAAUAGGAACUUACCUGAGCAGAGGGAUAAGGUAGCGCAGUUAUCGCGGGGAUUAUUUGGUAGGAUGGGAAUACUCACGUAUGAGGGAGACGAAACCCGUGGAGGGUCAAAAGGACGUCUGCAUCGUGCAGCUCUGUCAUUGACCACUCGGAUAGUCCUUCAACGUAACUUUGAUAUCUUCACCGAGAUUGAAGCUAAUGCAUUUGAACAAUCAUCCAAACUGUAA